AUGGGUAUGAUUUUUGCAGAUCAGCAGAGCACGGUGCAGCAGCUGCGGCAAAAGGCGCAGCAAGAGCUGCAGGUGCAACUGCUGGACCUUUUUCUCCACCACCGCCAGCUCUACGCUUGGCUCACCCUGCACGGUGCCGGCCUGGAGCACCGCUCCGUGGUGAACGCCAACGUUUGGCAGCCGCAGCUGUUCUGCAGCGCUCGCAGCACCGCCUGUGCCGUGGUCUACGCGGAUGCGGUGCUGUGGGGGGAUCCCCUGGGAGAGCUCCAGCGCCUCGAUCUGAAAGAGGUGAGGGCCGUGGUGAUGUCCUCAGGCGCCUACGCGGCGCUGCUGGCAGAUGGCCAGGUGGCCGCCUGGGGCGACUUCCUAGGAGGAGGACACCUGGGGGCAGCGCGAAGCCAACUUCGGCAGGUGCGGCAAAUUGUCGCAUCCCACCGCGCUUUUGCGGCCGUCCGGGCCGAUGGCGCUGUUGUGGCCUGGGGUGAUGUGGCCUUCGGAGGAGACCUGGACGAUCUCGAGCCCACGAACGUGGUCCGGCUAUGCGCGUCCCGGCGCGCGUUCGCCGCCUUGAAAGCAGAUGGUACCGUGGUGACCUGGGGCGACAGCGAUUUCGGGGGUGACAGCAGCGCUGUGCAGACCCAGCUUGUCAGCGUGGCGGCGCUCGCGGCCACGGAGAGCGCCUUCUUGGCGCUGCGCGCGGACGGGGCGCUGGUGGCCUGGGGCGGAGGUUUCGAGGGCGAACUAGCGCCGGCCGGAGGCGCCGCCUGCGCGUUGUGCGCCACCCGCGGGGCCUUCGGCGCAUUGCUGCAGGGCGGCGCCGUGGCCGCCUGGGGCGACCCGGACCUUGGGGGUCGCGCGCCGGUGGUGCAGGGCGCUGUGGAGCUGUCGGCCACGGCGGGGGCCUUCGCAGCACUGCUGGAGGGUGGGGGCGUGGCGACCUGGGGCCACGGAGCCCUGGGCGGCGACAGCCGCCAGGUGCAGUCGGAGCUGUGGGAGGUGCAGAAGAUCGAAUCGACCUUCGGAGCAUUCGCAGCGCUGCGGGCUGACGGGAAGGUGAUCGUGUGGGGGGAUGCCUAUGCAGGCGCGGACGGCGAAGGCGCCGAAGGCGCCUUCGGCUGUCGCCAGCUUCAGGGCGCGGAGGGCGCCUUCGCGGCGCUGGGCGCCGACGGGGCGCUGGUGGCAUGGGGCCGCGGCGAGCGAAAAGGAAAAGCGCCGGGAGCUUGGAAUGAGAAACUGGAUGAAUGA